AGUCAAAAUACAUCAUUGAUUUGCUAACUUACCACCAAAGAUUGAUCUCUCAACUGUUUUGAUUGCAUACUUCUUUAAAUUGUACGGAAUUUCAGGGCAUACACAUCCGCCCUUUCAAAAUUGUAGUAAAAUAAGCAUACGCGAUUCGCGAACUACUGUAUACAACAACCACUUGAAAUCGCAACAAACUCUUAAGAGGUUUUGCGGCGUUAUAACUGAAGCUAGUGGAAGUCGGUUAUUGGCCUUUCUAUUCGCGAAUACUAACACGUGCAUCUGCAUAAGUGUUAUCUAAAUUAAGAAUCGGCUACGGUUAUCCACAAGUCUUAACGGAAUACAUGUACAUUCAUUAGUACCAUCAUUCAUUUUAUGGUAGAUCUAUCACAGAAUCGAGUGAGUCAUGUUGUUUACAUUGCGCGGUUAACUAACCAGGACUGGAUCUAUAUCUACUGUAACCACACAUCGUAUACAUCUGGGCAUCAUGUCCUCAAAUAAACGGACACCUGCCGUCGACCAAGACGCCGACCAGGACGAUGAUUUACCGAGAUCUGCUGCACGUGACAUCGACGGCGGCUGGGGCUGGAUGGUCUGCGUCGGAUGCUUUGUCUGUCACGUGAUCACCGACGGGAUAUUUUACUCCUUCGGCAUGAUCUUUGUGGAGCUCCUGAAUACGUUCGAGGAGAGUAAAGGGGACACUUCCGUCAUAGGAUCCUUGUCGACGGGAAUGUGCUUUCUUUCAGGACCGAUUGUGUCGAUUCUCGCAAACCGGUUCGGAUGUCGAGCAGUGACCAUUUGUGGCGCAUUCGUCGCGUCAACCGGUCUCUUUGUGAGCGCGUUUGCCCCCAACAUACAGUUCCUAUAUUUCUCUCUGGGUAUUUUAACGGGUUUCGGUUACGGGAUGAUCUACUUACCGUCCAUUGUGUCUGUCACCGUGUAUUUCCGGAAGAAGCGUUCCCUAGCAACGGGUAUUGGUGUCAGCGGAUCCGGAAUAGGAACGUUCAUAAUGAGCCCGCUAACGAGUGUUUUGGUACAGCAAUACGCGUGGCAUGGGGCGUUAAUCGUGCAGUCCGGUCUGCUGCUAAACUGCGUCGCGUGCGGACUGCUGUUCCUACCCUUAGGCCAACAACACACCUUGCGCAUUGAAGAAUCUCGUACUAAGUACGACGAAACACACAUAUCACUCUCAAAGGAAUCCGAAAGUGGCGGUGUUAUAGAGAAUGGCUUGAAUGGGAUUUUAGAAAAUGAUAUCAACUCUUUGCAGACGACUACAAGCAAGAAUACAACCAAAAGCAAUGGUCAACACUACAUCGACAGCGAGAACGAACUAUCUAUUCCGCUAACUUCCGGUGAUACGUCCGACUACGACAUUGAUAAAACACACGAAGUCUCUUCUCCUACGCCUCUCUUGAGUUCUUCAAUAUCCGGUUCAAACGAGAGCAACAGAUUGUGUGCCGCAAAGAUACGUGAACUGUUUGACUAUGAGAUGUUUAAGUCAGUAAAAUUCCUCUUGUUUCUUGUGUCGCUGUUCUUCUACGGUCUUGGAUAUUAUGUGCCUUAUAUGUACCUCCCAGACAUGGCCAUGCGAAUGGGAAUCAGUGAGUUCCGGUCCUCCUGGCUUCUAUCCGCAGUAGGAAUCACGAACACCGUGGGGCGAGUUGUCUUCGGAUACAUUUCGGACCGGAAGUCGGUGAAUCGUCUGCUAUUGUACAACGUGUCGCUAAUAAUAUGCGGCAUAUUCACAGCUGUUGCUCCUCUGAUGGGCGCAUACUGGUCGCUAAUGGUGUACUCAGCCAUGUUUGGAGUGUUCAGUGGUGUCACUAUUUCCCUGACAUCUGUGAUUCUUGCCGACAUUGUGGGUAUAGACAAACUCUCCAAUGCAUUCGGCAUGUGUAACUUUGUUGGAGGGGUGUCCGUAUUUGCAGGGCCUCCCGUUGCAGGUCGGCUAUUCGACAUUUCCGGUGGAUAUUUAAUGUGCUACAUAUACGCAGGCAUUUCCAUAGUGCUCAGUGGAGCUAUCCUCUUUAUUGUGUUGUACAUGGAGCGCAAGGAACCGAAGAAACUGAACACCGAAUAGUAACAGUUGUGUAGAUCUCAAUCUUUAUUGUGCUGUACAUGGAGCGCAAGGAACCGGAGAAACAAAACACCGAAUAGUAACAGUUGUGUAGAUCUCAAUGGAGCUAUCUUCUUUAUUGAGCUGUGAUUGGAGCCUAAAGGACUGAACACAAAGAACAAUGAAAGAUGACACAGCUAUAGUGCCGAGUAGUGCUAUCCUUUAUAUGAUGUUGUUACAGUAGUCGAAGCGCAAGGAAAAGAACAAAACGAACACUGAAUUGUAACACCGUAACCGUGCUCAGUGGAGUCAUAGUCCCUAGUGCGUCGUUCAUUAUAGAGCCAAAAACCGAAGAAACAUAACACCGAAUCGUAGCACUGUUAUAGUGCUUAGUGGAGCUUUACUUUUUCAGUGCCAUAUUUUGAGAGCAAAGAACGAAAGUAAAAGAAGCUAUUGUAACACUGUUAUAGAGCUUAGUGGAGCUAUCCUCUUUAUCGUUCUGCACAAGAAAAGAUCAGAAAGCAACCGAAGGAACAGAACACAUUAUUGCACCACUGCGAUAGUUCUCAGUAUAGCUAUACUCUUUAUUGUGCUGAAUUUGAAGAGCAAGGAACCGAAAAAAAGAACACCGAAUUGGGACAGUGCUAAAGUGCAUUAUAUUUCAUCCAAACAAGAUACUGAUUAUUACGCAUAUAUUUUUUUCUUUUUUUGAAGAUCAUGUUGUAAAACAAAUACAUGAAAACGGUUAAUUAAAGCGUUGGAUAAUUCA